AUGGACCUCGCCCUCUCGGAGGCCGCGGCCGCCCUCGAGGCGGGCGAGGUACCUGUCGGCUGCGUCUUUGCGCACCCGGCGCGCGGUGUCAUCGGCAGAGGCCGCAACAACACCGUGGCGUCGCGGAACGGCACGCGGCACGCCGAGCUCGAGGCGAUCGACCGGAUGCUCGACGUCGACGGCGUGCCGCCCGAGUCGGUCGCCGAGUGCACGCUGUACGUCACCGUCGAGCCGUGCCUGAUGUGCGCGUCGGCGCUGCGGCAGCUGCGCGUGUCGCGCGUGGUGUUCGGCGCGGCGAACGACAAGUUUGGCGGCUGCGGCUCCGUGCUCUCCCUGCACGCCGACGGCGGAGCGAGCGCCGCUGGCGACCCGCCCUACCCCGCCGUGGGCGGCGUGAGGAAGGCAGAGGCGGUGGCGCUGCUGCGGCUCUUUUACGCGCAGGAGAACCAGAAUGCACCGCAGCCGCAGAAGCGCACGCGCAAGCAGCUCGAGCUCGGCGCCGAGGCGGCGAGGGAAACGCAGCGCCUGCCCGGGAGCGAGCGAGGAGGGAGAGAACCAGACUCGUAG